AUGACUAGGAGGUCCAACAAGGACAACCUAGUUGAACAUCCAGAGAUAGACAAGCUUGAGAAGCAACUUAGGAAGCAGAAAGCCCAAGAGAUGGCCGACGAAGCAGCUCGCGCUCACGCCGCUGAAGUGGCGCGCGCUCAAGAAGAAGGAAGAGAUCCACCUCCUCCUCCUCCUAAUCCACAAGACCCUGCUGGAGAUGUGAACGCACAACCCCAAGCCGGGAAACCUAUGGAACAUCUUCUAUCGUGGCAUAGACCACAAGUUCUUAUUGAGAAUCUUGCAGCUAGUGAUUGUAACAACUGUCCUGAUUAUGACCGCUCAAGCCGCACCACUACUAACUCUUUUGUUGACAUGGUCCAAGAGGAGAAAGUUACUUUGAAGCCACCCCAAGAAGGAGAAACUGAAGAAACAGUCAAGGAAGAUCCCAUUCCUAAGCCCAAGCAGCUUGCCAAACAAGCAAGGAGUAAGACUAAGGCCCCUACACCAAAACCGCCCAAGGGAUCAACCAAGAUUGAAGAUGAGGCCAAGCCAAGAAGGAAGGUUAGAAAACCUAGGUCUGGCCGCAACAUGAAGCUUCUAUUCCCAAAGGAGCUUAUUGAUGAGAAUCUAGAAGGAUUCAAGGAGAAAGUGACAAGAACUCUAAAGCUUUUUCCUAAGGCAGUAGUGCCAAGGGACAUUCAUGGAGAGAUUGUCUAUCCAGCUGUGAAUCACCCACCAGAUACUCAUUGCAAGGAGAAAAGACUUGGAGGAUCAAAGAUGCCUCUUGUCUCCAUCUUCUCCUGA